AUGGCGGACUUCAACGAUACAAUAGAAGAGUCCUCUGCGAAUGCAUGGGCGUGGAAUAGCAAUGUCGACAACAACAUGCUCGCUCCGGACCCAUUUGGCCUACCUGGCUUGAGUCUUUCAGACGUGAACUGGUUAUCGCCACAAUAUUCCGGCCCUGUCGAUCUGGAUGCACUACUUGCAAACUUCGGAGGCCAAGCUAAUGGCACUGUGGAGCAAUGGACAUGUUCUAUCGCGGCCAUAACACCCUCAAUACCCGCAAUCACCACAACGUCACACUUAUCCGAUCCAGGUAGGAACGUACCCGAUAUAGACCGGCAGUCAAAGGAUACUGUCUCCGUAGUAUCUACAUCGACGUCGGAAAACAGAUACUAUGUUGAUGGGGCAGGUGCCAGAGCCCCGUUUGGUGGCAAAUCUCAGCACUCGAUUUGCUCAGAAGAAACCAUCGACUUGCAAGAUGCGGAAGCCAACGAUGCUUCUGCGCCGCUUCAUGCCUCCGACGAGGAUACAUUGUGUCCAUCAGCAGCCUAUCAAUCUCUACUGGAGGGCAUUGCUGCUGAAAGCCGCCAUAGCCUCGUCGAGAUGAGCGCUUUGAACUUUCCUACGUAUGGGCAAGUCGUUACUUCUGUCCGCCAAUACUUUGACACUUUCCACCAGGUCUUCCCCUUCCUGCGGCGAUCGUCCUUUGCACAAUAUGCCUCUGAAAGCUGGCUCUUGCUACUCGCCGUCUCGGUUAUCGGCUCAAGAUACUCACAGCUAUCGCAGCAUUCGCGGAUAAGCGAUCAAUUUUCUGGUCUGCUACGUGCUAUUAUCACACGAUGUAAGUAUGGUCUAGACUCGCAAAGUUCGGCAGGCAACGAGGACGUCGACUACAGUCCGAGCCCUACCCAUUCUAUUGCUCGCCCAGACCUAAAGGUCGUACAAGCUGGUAUCCUGAACAUUGCUUGCAUGCUGCACUCGGGGAAGAAGGUUCUGGUUGAGCGGGCCCAUGUAGAACGACACUAUCUAGUCGAGGUUUGCCACGCACUAAGUCUGCUCGCUCAGACGAAGAAGUCUUACGAUCUGACAAGGGCGGCGGAUCCUGGGCAAAAUCCCGACCUUCGCGAAUGGCUGUCCAGAGAGGCAAUGAUUCGUACUGGGAUGAUGGUUUGGACCCUCGAUACGAUGUUUGUCUAUGAGUUUCAGGCCAAGCCUCUCAUCCAGUUCGACGAUAUCGACGCAGUGUUGCCAUGUCACGAGGAUAUAUGGGAACAACCGGGCUUGAUUCGACAAAACCAAAGGCGUCUUUCGAGUGUUACCUUUAUGGAAGCACUAGAGAUGGUGUACGUGGAAAAGCGCCUGCCCGUUGAUCUCGGAGAGUUCAGCAUGGGCCUACUUGUCAGUGCCAUCUGUCGUCAUACCCGGGACGUUGUAGCCCGAGAUCGCAUCCGUCUCAACUCAUGGACUCCAACAUCUACGCCACAGCGACGUAGUGAUAUGCCGCCGCCCAUACAUCAAGACUGGUUGCCGACAACGCGGUCUUCCAUCAAGUGGCGCAACAGCGCCUGCGAUAGCUUGGAUGUCCUGCAUUGGCCUGCGAAUAGUAAGGUCGCACGCCACUCGGGUUUCGAGCACCACACUAUUCUCCAGCUGCAUCUAGCUCGCCUGAUCAUACUUGCGCCCACUAGCGCCAUACAACGGUUCGCAUCGGGAUCUGCAUCCAACGAAGUCGCACUAGUUGAUGAAGAAGACGGACAUUCAUUCGCUACAGCGCGGAUUCAGGUCCUACAAUGGGUCAUUCGAGAUCACUGUAAAGCUAGACUGUGUCUGGUGCAUUGUGGGGCUCUUUUCUGGCACGUCCGCAGGUACAGUCGUAGUAGCCUGUUCGAGCCAUAUGCAAUCUACAUCGCCACGCUCAUACUCUGGGCUUUCUGCGUCUGCAUGCAUCUUCCUGAGGCCAUAGAAGCCAUCGCUUCCGAGUCAGAUGAGGAACCGGAACCAUCGUUCCUCCAUCUUGACCGGCCGUUGGACGAUGAGCUAGUACAGACAUAUGUGCGCAUGGGGCAUAAGAUGUCGGCAUACAUUGCCAAUGUCGGCAGUCUUGAGCUUGAAGCAGCUCCGGUGCGGAUUGCGAAAGAAGGGAUCUCAAUUCUAGCCAAACGCUCUGGGUUUUCAUCAAAUCCAGACGACAAUCCAUCAUCUUCUUCGCAAGACGCGAGUCACACAUGGGGCAUCGAACGGUCUUAUAUAAAUCUGCUUCGACUUCUCACGAAAGAGCGAUAA